AAAAAAAAUCGUUAUGCAGUCAAUUAGCAGCAAACUUCUGCUCCUACUUCUUCUAACUUUUUUAUUGACUUUCUCAAACUCCACAAAGUUCACAGCACUUGUGAAUUUGAGAUGUCGGAGCCAUGCGGUUUGGUAUAGCCAUGCCUCGAUGUGGGAGAAGGAUUCUCUGACCCCAGACGACCUUCUAGCAUACGAAGGAUCCACGCGGAACGAAAAGGAAACUCGAAUAUACAAUCUCACGAGCGAGGACAUUUGGGAUGAGUUCCAAAGUAAUGCCUUCGAAAUACGAGUCCACGUCUCGCAUAACUGCAGCAAAAAUGGGGUUCUACAAAUCCGGAAAUUGAAACGAAUUCCCAAGUUUUUGUUGCUAGAUGUGAAAGAAGAAAUUAUAUAUUUCGACAUAGAUGUCACCAACAAUGGGGAAAUUGUUCAUCAUUAUCGAUAAUUUUUGUUCUAAUCAAAUUUCCAAUUUAAUUCCAACUCCCCUACGAUUUGUAGCUCAAUGAGCAGACCUUGUGAUUCACACUUUUCGUUGUUUUAAUUGUUCAUAACUUUACUGCAAUUUAA